AUGCUAUUUAAAACUUUUUCGUUAGCCUUUUCAGUACGAAACAUCGUUAAAAGUAGUGGUCAACGGUAUCUCAAAGCACGUACGAUGGCAACGCUUCAGGAAAUAGUCACACAGUUGCGUGAGUUUGCACCGGAAAAUCUUGCGGAAAAGUGGGACAAUGUUGGUUUGCUAGUAGAACCACGAGAUAAUACAAGCCCUAUUACCAACAUCCUUUUGACCAAUGAUCUGACGGAGGCGGUAGUGUUGGAGGCUCGGGAAAAGAAUGCCCAAAUGAUUAUUUCCUACCAUCCGCCAAUAUUCGCACCGCUCAAACGGCUGACCCAAGCAUCGUGGAAGGAACGCAUCAUUAUCGAUUGUAUCCGGCACGAUAUUGCCAUCUACUCGCCGCACACAAGCUGGGAUAACGUGAACAAUGGCGUGAACGAUUGGUUGGCAGCGUCGCUCCCACACGAGCCAUAUCUUUGCCGCCCGAUCCUCGAAAACCCGCUGAAUAUGGCUUAUGGCUCUGGAAGGGUGUGUAAAGUUAGCGGUGGACCCAUUUCCGAAGCCGAUGCCGUCCAACUCAUUACCAAACACACGCAAAUGAACUGUGCCAUGGUUGGCGGAGCACGCGCGAAUGAAAAUCGGAUGAUACGUACGUAUGCCGUUUGUGCCGGUUCGGGUGCGAGUGUGUUGAAAGGUGUUGUGGCCGAUAUGUACAUUACCGGUGAAAUGUCACACCAUGAGAUACUGGAAGCGACAAGCAACGGUACUUGUGUGGUGCUGCUCGGACAUAGCAACUCGGAGCGUGGCUUUCUGACCGUUUUCAAAGGCAUUUUGAACGAUCGUCUCAAUAACCGUGUGGCGAUUCACGUGUCAGAAAGUGACCGUGAUCCAUUGCAAUUGGUAUUGCGGGAAAAUGCAGACUAA